UACGCAUGUCUCAACUUGCCUCUUUCAAGUUCUAAGGAUCAUCCAUGGCCAUUCUUCUUCCUCUCAUCCUCGCUUUCAUCACUUCAUGCUCACUUUCUUCUGCAACUGAUACUCUUACGCAGUCUCAUUCACUUGUUGAUCACGCAAAUGGAACCACCACCUUGGUGUCCAGCGACGGAACCUUCGAACUCGGUUUCUUCUCCCCCGGCUCUUCCUCAAACCGCUACCUUGGCAUCUGGUACAAAAAUAUCCCCGAUACGACCGUCGUCUGGGUGGCCAACCGCCAAACGCCGCUCAGGAACGACAACAACUUCACAACGCCGAGUCGUUUGAGCAUAACCGACGAGGGAGGUCUUGUGCUCCUCAGCCAAAACGGCACCGUGGUUUGGUCGGCAAACACGACGGUGAACAAUCGAGGCGUAAGUGUUGUUGCGCAGCUUUUGGAUUCAGGGAACUUGGUUCUGAGAAAUGAACAGGAUGAGGUUGAUGUUGUUGAUGAUGCGAAGUAUAUAUGGCAGAGUUUUGAUUAUCCGAGCGAUACGUUUUUGCCUGGAAUGAAGAUUGGGUGGGAUCUGAGAAGAGGAAUUAACAGGGAAUUGACGGCGUGGAAAAGUUGGGACGAUCCUUCUGUUGGAGACUUGAGAUGGGGCAUGGUGGUCGGAGUGACGCCGGAGCUGGUGAUGUGGAAGGGAGAAGAAGAGUAUUAUCGGAGUGGUCCUUGGAAUGGAGUUAUUUUCAGUGGGAAAACUACGCCAAUCUUUGAGCUUCAGUUCGUCUCUAAUCAAGAUGAGGUGGUUUACACUUCCAAGCUGCAGAACAAAUCGGUGAUCACAAGGGUUGUAUUGAACGGAACUACUUCUUAUCGUCAGCGCUAUAACUGGGUUGAGCAAACUAAAAGCUGGAGGCUUUACUCAUCUGUGCCCAGAGAUAAUUGUGACAACUACAAUCUCUGUGGCCCCUAUGGAAAUUGCAUAGUUAAUGACUCUCCCCCCUGCCAGUGUCUCUCAGGGUUCAAGCCAAAAUCACCCCAAAACUACAGUGCUUUGGACUGGACCCAGGGAUGUGUUCGCAGUGAAUCUUGGAGCUGUGGGGUAAAAAAUAGAGAUGGGUUUCGAAGAUUCAGUGGGUUGAAAAUUCCUGACACUAGAAAAGCUUGGGUUAAUGCAAGCAUGACACUUGGGGUUUGCAGAAUGAAAUGCUUGGCAAAUUGUUCCUGUACUGCUUAUGCAAACUUGUAUGUUACUGGGGGAGGUAUUGGGUGUUUGAUUUGGUUUGGUGAACUUAUUGAUUUGAGAGUGGCUUCCACUCCUGGGCAAGAUCUAUAUAUUCGAAUGGCUGCCUCGGAAACUGAUGCAAAAGGGCACAAGAAAAUGGUGGGCAUUGUGGUGACAGCGGUUACUGUUCCAUUGGUUUUUCUGGCGCUUUUGGCUCUUUCUUGCACUCAUUGGAGGAAAAGAAGGCGCAGAGAGAAAACCUCCCUAGAGAAUAAGAGUGAAGGUGAACAAGAGGACUUAGACCUGCCAUUCUACGACCUUGCUACAAUUGUCCAUGCCACUAAUGACUUCUCAAAUGACAAGAAGCUUGGCCAAGGUGGUUUUGGACCAGUAUACAAGGGUAUUUUAGCAGAUGGACAAGAGAUUGCUAUCAAGAGGCUAUCACAGAGCUCUGGACAAGGAACGAAAGAAUUUAAGAAUGAAGUGUCAUUGUGUGCAAAACUUCAACACCGAAAUCUUGUCAAGGUUCUUGGAUGUUGCAUCCAAGGAGAAGAGAAGAUGCUCAUCUAUGAAUACAUGCCUAACAAAAGCCUAGACAACUUUUUAUUUGGUCCGUGUAUAUGCAGAAUCUUGUCUUUAGCAGAAUGGCAGAGCAAAUUGCUAGACUGGCCAAGGCGCUUUCAUAUCAUAUUUGGAAUUGCUCGAGGGCUUCUCUAUCUUCACCAAGAUUCUAGAUUACGGAUUAUACAUAGAGAUCUUAAAGCAAGUAAUAUUUUGUUAGAUGGGCAGAUGAACCCGAAAAUUUCAGAUUUUGGCAUGGCAAGAAUGUUUGGUGGCGAUCAAAUUGAAGGGAAUACAAAUAGAAUAGCUGGUACCUAUGGUUAUAUGUCACCAGAAUAUGCCAUUCAUGGGUCAUUCUCCAUUAAAUCGGAUGUGUUUAGCUUUGGCAUGUUAUUAUUGGAAAUAGUAAGUGGAAAGAAAAACCGAGGAGCUUCUUAUCCAAACCAGGGUUUUAACCUUAUUGGACAUGCAUGGAGACUGUGGAAGGAUGGCAACCCACUGGAAUUAAUUGAUGGCUGUUUGGGGGAAGCUUUUAACUCAUCAGAAGCACUGCGCUGUAUUCGGGUUGGUCUUCUGUGUAUGCAACUGCAUCCUGAGGAUAGGCCAGACAUGGCCUCAGUAAUUGUGAUGUUGAGCAGUGAGAAUGUGUUGCCUCAGCCUAAGGAGCCUGGUUUCUUGAUAGAGAGGAUUAUGGUGGGAGAAGGAUGUGCUUCUUCUGGCAACCAGAUAUCUUCUUCAACUAAUGAAGUAACUGUGACUCAGUUGGAGGCCAGAUAAGGUGUUAUCUUACUUCUUACUAUAUGAUGCAUAUGGAAGCAUUUCAUUUUGUUUUCUCAUUGUAUAUUCUAUGGCAAUUAAUCAUUCUUGUAGAUUGUUGGUGUAAAUAUAGUAUCUUAAAUUGGUUGUGGUGAUAUGCAAGUUAGAUGCUGAGUGAGAUUUUUUGCUUUGUUCCUUCCUCAUCUGUUGUGGACAUAUUGAAUUAAACUUCGAUAUAGCUCUUUACCAAUUGAUCAAUUCUCUUUUUUUCUUUUUUUUGGGUAAAAGCUCUCAAGUUA